AUGGCAGCAGAUCGUACGAUCCGACCAGCCCUGAUUGUGGUAGACAUGCAAGAAGAUUUCUGCCCUCCACAUGGGUCACUCGCCGUGCAAGGGGGCCGCGACAUUGCCUCAAUAAUCAACACUCUACUUGCAAAGCCAGGAUUUGUCGCGCGCAUCUUGACCAAAGACUACCACCCAACGGACCAUAUCUCAUUUGCCAGUAAUCAUCCAGGGCCUGAUAACCAGCCCUUUUCUUCAUUCGUCACAAUGAGCAACCCCGCUCUAGGAAAGGAAUCAGAAACAAAACAACAGCAACUAUGGCCCGUCCAUUGUGUGGCUGAUACCUCGGGCGCAGAUAUUAUCCCAGAGAUUGACACCUCUAGCAAACAUCUAGUUGUUCACAAAGGCAUGCGUCCCGAGGUUGAGAUGUACUCUGUGUUUGCGGAUGCCUUCGGGAACUGCGAUCAUGGAACCAACGCACAUUCGGUCAGCAUAGAUGUCGCCGCGACUCUCAAGAGUCAAGGCGUUACAGAUGUAUUUGUUGUGGGCUUGGCUGGGGAUUAUUGUGUCAAGGCUACUGCUCUUGAUGCUGCCAAGGUUGGAUUCAAGAGUUGGGUUAUCGAGGAGGGAACCAAGUGUGUCGUGUCUGCUAGUUGGGAUGCUGUUAAGGGGGAACUUGAGGCUGCUGGAGUGUCUAUUAUCUCUAUGAAUGAUUCCAUUAUCAGGGAGCUAUAA